ACAGCUCUGCAAACGUUAUACUGUUAAAAUACUUUAGUUGCUCGCCGAAUAUUGGAGUGUUGCUGACCAACUAUCUUCAACUAUUCCCGUUACGGUCGGUAUGUACUUCCAAAAAAAGUAAAUAUAAAAAUGUAUUCGGCACAUCCAUUGUAUCACUCAUCCGUGCCACGCACAGGUCGGAAGUCUACAACAGCUCAAUACAUUGGAUGUUCCGAAGAAGCAUUUUUUCAGUUGUUUGUACAUUUUUAUUUUGACAUACCUUGUACAUUUUUAUUUUGACAUACCGGCCGCAACGGGAGUAAAGGAAGAUAAUUGCUCAGCGAAACGCCAUAUUUGGUGAGUAAGGUAGGGUUUUCACUAACAACGAAUUCAUGAGAAGUCCGCCCCCAUUCAUUUUCAACGAGGGCACGCAGAGAAAUGUGCCGGGAAAGGUGAUCCGCAAGAACCCUGCUAUCCGAGCGGUAGAAAAAGUUGACCUCGGCUCUACUUCAUGCAAAUGUUAAGCGAAGUAUUGGAGCGAAGCACUGUCAAGAGAAGGCGCCGCUUCUGAUGUUGUCCCAGGACUUGGCAGCCAGUGGUCGUGCAUCGUGGACCCCUUUAAAUGGUGACGUAUUAAUGCAGGAUCGCGAAUCCAUCGUCCUGCUGUGGAAUAGCGGAACAACUAUCAGGCAAUGGACCUACUUUCAUAAAAGUUCUCUUAACAUAGCCCUGUUUUUUAUAAUUUCUCUAAAUUCUGCAAGAGGAGGUUUUAUGUUACCCACAUUUGUCAGCAAUUCAACUGGACCAUUUCACAACCUCUCAACUAGCUUCAGCCAUGAGGACCCUUGUCGUUGGAAUUGGAGGGAUGACCAAUGGGGGGAAGUCGACCAUGUCCAGUAGUCUGCACCUGCGGAUCCCCAACAGCUGCAUCAUAGCACAGGAUGCUUUCUUCAAGGAUGACUCUGUGAUAGCUGUGGACAGCAAUGGGUUCAAGCAGUAUGAUGUGCUUGAUGCGCUCCACAUGGACAGAAUGAUGAGCAAGAUUGAAUCAUGGCGGAAGGACCCCGGUUCAUUCCUAGCAUCUCAAAGUCUGAGAACACAAUGCUCUGUAGGAGAGGAAGUGUUUGUGCUCAUCGUCGAGGGCUUCUUGAUCUUCAACUACGGGCCCUUGAACGAAUUAAUGGACAAGAGAUACUUCCUUGAAAUUCCUUAUGACGUCUGCAAAGACAGGAGAGGCUCGAGAGUGUAUACACCCCCUGACCUGCCAGGGUACUUUGACGGAUAUGUGUGGCCAAGGUACCUGAAAAACCGGCAAGAGAUGGAAGACAUGGUAUCGGAUAUUGUCUUUUUGGAUGGAUUGAAGUCAAAGGAGGACUUGCUGGAUUAUGUGUAUGGGGAUGUAACCAUGGAAAUACAGAGUCUCAUGGGGAAAGACUAAGCAGUUGGAUUUCUCAAACGGUUGCUGGAAUCUGGAAGAGUAAAAGAGACAAUGUGUUCAGAAACAGAUGUGUUGAAACUUAGACUAAUGUUUACAGUCAUAUGAGAAAGACAGGAGACACACACACACACACACUCACACACAGUGCAGAACAAACUUUCAUGUUAAAUCCAUGUUACUUUUACUCCAGUGAGGUAAAUCUUGUUUACAUAGUUUUUUAACUUAGAAAGUAUUUUUGCAAUCUACAGUACAUUUCUUUUGUUCAAUCUAUAAUGGUUAUGUACAUAGUUAAGGAGUGCAAAGUCUAUAAGCGGUGCAGACUCUUGACUAAAGUUAAUAU